UGGUUGUCAUUGAUGACUGGUGCUUCCUUUCGUGCACAGUAGUGGUCAACCAGGGCUUAAGCAGCAUAGGGGGCAAUCUCUUUCAGAUGAUCAACCAGACAAAUUGUCAAGUGAUAUUCCACCUUGUUCUACUUUAUUUGUUGCAAAUUUGGGUCACUCAUGCACAGAGGAAGAGCUAAAGGAAGUUUUAUCUAAGCAACCUGGAUUUCAUUUGCUUAAAAUGCGCCGUCGUGGUGGAAUGCCAGUAGCUUUUGCUGAUUUUACGGAUAUCGAGUCCUCUACGGCUGCUAUGGAUGCUCUACAGGGCACUGUGCUAGCUUCUUCUGACGCUGACGGCUUGCAGAUUGAGUACGCAAGGUCAAAAAUGAGGAAAAGCUAGCUCACUAGCUACUUGUUCUACAUCAGCAGUGAGCACUGACCACCGGGGAUCGAACAUGAAGGUAUAUCAUUUGCCAUUUGGCAUCCCAUGCCAGCACAUGUAAUCGCCAGGCUGUAGCUGUGCUCUUUAAUUGAAUUCUAAGAAUAUAGAUCUGGGCAAUCAAACACUUUGUCACAGAGUAGUUGGAUCGUUUAAUUUGGUUUCGCUCUCGUUCAGAAACUUCUCUGUCAGAGUCGGAUCGUUAAUUGUACUUCUUGUUUCUGAAACUUUCCGGAGACAACCAGGCGGCUAACCGGCUCUAUCAACAAUCAAUUUGAUGUAUGUGCUCUUCUUUGUGCAUAUUGAACAAUUAAUUUGAUGUGCUCUUCUUGCCGCCAUCUUUUGACCUCGUUGCAAUGCUGUCUGCUACCAGUUCAAACAGAAUUCAAACUUGGAAUUUUGGAGUUGUAUAUUGAAAAGUAGCCAAGGCUUUCCACCUGCCUUACAUUUUUAAGUCAACCCUACGUUACAUUUUUAAGUCACUGAUGUGUAGAUCCAUAGCAUUAUAGGUGGGUUCGUGGGUGUGUCCGAUUGAUAACAUAGUGACUUUCAGCCCCAUCGUUUGACAUAGUGGAGAAAAAAGCGAAACUAACGUAUUUGCAAAUGAAAAUAAUUUGUAAAAUAAAACUUUUAUAUAUGUGUUGUUAACGAUAAAAAAACAUAGGUUGAAAAAUAAACUACAAUAAAAAAAAAUCCUAAAAUCAACUUUAAAUUUAACUUUGACAAUUUAAAUUCUGUACGAUAAUCAUAAGCAUAAGCGAGCAUAAGGAAAAAAAAAUGCUGUUCGUUCAUGAUCUUGUUCCAUUCUACAGGGGUCGUAUUUUCAGUCACCUCAAUUCUUCGAUUUCAAAGUCACGAUAACUCUAUCGCUACGUGUAUCACUGCGUGUCGAAGGAUAAUUAUCGUAUUUGUUCUGUUUUUUUCGUUUUCGAAUCCUACAAAAAGAAAUUGUGGCAGAAGCAUUUUCUGUCCGUAUCCAAGUCGUUUUCUGCGUAAGCAUUUUCCUCGCUGUACUCUUUGCUCUUGCUCGGGCUCCCGCUCUGCUCCGAGUACUCCGCCGCGUCGCCGCGCGCGCCAUGCCGCCGCCGCCGCCGCCGCUCGGCCGCUUCGGCGUCGAGGUCACCGCCCGGACGUUGGUCCGGGCGUCCGACCCGCCGCCGGGCUUCCCCGCCGUGCUCCCCGUCUCCAACCUCGACCUCAUCCUCGGCUCCUUCAACGUCUCCCUCAUCGUCGUCUACCCGGCGCCGGCGCGCGGGUUCGCCGCGGUGGCCGCGGCGGUGCGCGCCGCCCUGCCCGCGUUCCUCUCCCGCUUCUUCCCCUUCGCCGGCCGCGUCGUGGCCGACGCCGCCACGGGCAUCCCCGAGGUCGCGUGCGACAACGCCGGGGCCGAGCUUGUCCUGGCCGACGCCGGCGUCGCGCUCGCCGACGUGGACUUCGCCGACGCCGACCGGUCGUUGGGGACCAUCCAGUUGCCGUACGAGCAGGGCAUCGCGCUGUCGCUGCAGCUCGUGCGGUUCAAGUGCGGCGGCUUCUCGAUGUCGUGGGGCACCAACCACCUGCUCGUCGACGGCCAUGGCCUCACCGCGCUGCCCACCGCGUGGGCGGAGAUGCUCCGCACCGGUGGCCUCUCGUGGGAGCCCCACCACGACCGGCGCUCCCUCUUCCGGCCGCGCUCCCCGCCGCGGCACGGCGCGUCGCUCGACGCCGAGUUCACGCGGUACGCGCCGGGGAGCCUCGUCAACCCGCUCCUCGCCGCCGCUCUCGUGCGGCGCAACUACGUCGUCGGCGCCGACGACCUCGACCGCCUCCGCGCGGCGGCCAGCACCGCCUCCCGCCGCGCCACGCGACUCGAGGCGCUCUCCGCGCACGUCUGGAAGCUCCUCGCCGCGGCCACCCACGGCUCCGACGCGCGCUGCCGCCUCGCGUGGCUCGUCGACGGGCGGAGGCGGCUCGACCCGGCCAAGUACGAUCCAACCCUCGUGAGCAGCUACCUCGGGAACGUGGUGACCUACGCUUCGAGGGAGUCUCCGGUGGAGGCGAUCACGUCCUCACCGCUCGCCGACGUGGCGGCCAUGGCCGGCGCGGCCAUCGGCGAGGUGUUCCGGCAGGAGCGGUACGAGGAGCUCGUGGACUGGAUGGAGCUCCGCAAGGCGGCGGCGUUCAAGAAUGGCGAGAAGUGGACGGAGACGGUGGGGAUCGGCACGGGGAGCCCGGCGGUGGUGGUCUCGGCGUUCGUGCCGUUCAGGGUGGACGGCGACUUCGGGUUCGGGUCGCCGGCGCUGGUGAUGCCAUGGGUGCGGCCGGGCCGGCUCGGAUCGGCGGCGAUGACGGUGGCGCGGAGCCCCAGGGAGGACGGGUCGUGGGUGGUGUCAGCCAGGCUAUGGCCGCGGCUCGCCGACGCCAUCGAGGCGGAUCCGGACGCCGUGCUCAAGCCGGCCACGGCGGCGCGGCUCGGCCUCGCUCGCCGCGCGCCGGCGGCCGCCGACGUGGCGCGCCAUGCGAGCCGCUUGUGAGCUGGGCGGCUGUCCGGCUUGCUACCUUCAGCUUUCGACACGUGGCAUGAUUAGUCUUCAGUGCUAGAGUAUUUUAUUAGAGGAAAUUCAUGUGAGAUAAUCAAGAGAAAAAUGCCAUACUAGGAGCAGCCGCGUAGGUUCGACUUACCGCCGGUAACCGUAGGUUUAUCGUAGGGAUACGGUAAUAUAAAUACCACGGUAAACUCCUUAAAUUUAAAUAAAUUUUAAAAAUAAUUUAAAUUUUUGAUAAAUUUUGCAUAGUUUUAUAUGGUUUUUACGGUUACCGCGCGAUAAACGUGCUUACCGUCGGGGCGCGGUAACCCUGGCAGCCGCACUUGAUCUUGAAUCCUUGAAGAAGGUGAAUUUUUUUGAGGUAAACUUCUUUUUUUACGACGAGACAGUUUUUUCUUUAGUAGAAUUCUAGGACAAAGGAGUGGUUUGAUGUGUUUGAAUUUUUUCUUUUACGAGCAAAAUAAAUUAGGAGUAGAAGUUUACGACAAAGAAGUGGUAUGGUGUGUUAGAUUGUUUUUAGAAACACGGUAUAAACGUAGGCUUUCACAGUACGCGUGUACUCACCAAAUAAAAAUCACAUCGCUAUGAGUAUCUUCGAAGGAUAGGAUCGUUAUAUCUUAAGAUUAAUAAAGUUAUCAUAAACAUCUCGUUGUUGAUGGCUACAUCACUGAUGUGCUCGAUCUUAUCCUGUCUACGAUGGUGUAGCAGAGUAUAUGUACAGAUGUUUUCAAGUCCUUGAAAAGUAGUACAAUUGAGAAGCAUUGCUACCAGAUACCUACUUGUUUUACCACUAGAAACAUCUGUACCCAACAACUUCAAACGACCAGAAAAAAAAAACUAUACACUUAAAUGCA